AUGCACCCUGGAUCCCCUGCAGUCCCCGGGGUCUCUGAGCCUGGGCCCCGAGAGCUGUGUGCCUUUGUGAGCGGGGCUUCGGCCCACAUGCUGCGGGCCCUGCAACCCAGGCGUACCCGGCCCUCCAAGCGCAGGCCCAACCACCGGAGGUUUCUACACAACCAGAUCUGCAGGGAGUUUGCCAAGAUUGAAGCCGCCACCCAACACCUGGCCCUGACCAUCCUGUCUCAAAAAGCGCCUGCCCAGAGACCACAGCUCCAAAGGCCACCUCCACCACCUCCAUCCCCCUUCCUGGGGGUGGCAUGUGCUGAGGCCCCCAUGGAAGUGCCCCAUGGUAGCCCCAGCUUGAGCCCGGCUGCCCUAGACACCUCGACCCUUGACCUCUUUGAUGACAUUCUGCUCCCUCCUACGUGUCCCUUGGUGACUCCUGACAGCUUCAGCCAGACUCUCACUGCUGGUAACCCCCAGGUGGCAUCCGAUUUCACCUCUCAUGCUCUGGGCUCAGGAGACCAGGGACAGCCAACCCCAAUACAGGCCCCAAGGUUCUCCAAUUUUCUGCUCCCUCCCCAGAAUGCCCAAGGGGGAAGCCUGGAGCCUGGCUGGGGUUGGGGAGACAGUUGGGAGGCACCUUGUGCCUGUGAUCCUCAGGGGAUCCUGGACAGCUGGGGAACCCUUUGAAACCCAUUCACAACACAAGCUAAACCCAUCUCAGGCCCAGCCAACCUCCCCGCUCCUGACAGACGUAAGACCAUUGCUCAGUUGGUAGAGUGCCUGGCCAACAUGCAAGAAGCCAGGAUUCCAUGCCCAGAACCCCAUAAACAUGUAAAAUAAACCCUGGAAAAAUAAACCAAGCUGGGGUUCCCACUGUG